GGCUGAUUCUCAACUAAAAGGCGAGAUCACAGUUACCCUGGUGUCGCUGGGAUGUUGUUUGCCUGCUCGACAUUCCUGACAUUGCGGUGCUGGCCUGGGGCCAACAGAAACACAGGGAUUCUAUAACUUUAGACUCCUGGGGCAGAGAGGAGAGCCAGAGAAAUGACUGGGCGGGAUCUUAAGUCCUCAUGCUGCCGCCAAGCCCUGCUCCGACUAGCCAUGGCUCUCCUGAUGUCAAUCGCUUUCCUUCAUGUGGCUGGGGCCAGCACUCAUGGCGAAACCUGGAAAGCAGCCGUCCAUUCUGACUUCCUGUCCCAGCUGGCUCAGGGCUUGAGGGAGACUCUGGAGGAGUGGAUUGGCCAGGAUGCACUUCAACUCGUGACAGAGAACGUCUCAUCCGUGUUCUGGAUUGUGUCCUCCGGCAUCUCGGCAGGUCUGAUCACCCUGUCCGGAAUUGCAGGGCAGAUCCUAAGCGCUUUCGGGGUCAAUGGGGAUCAAGUGGUCCAGCCCCUUAAGUUGGGCCCUGCUCAAGUACAGACCCUGCUGCUGUGGGGCCUGGUGGCUGUGGUGGGCUACUGGCUGCUCUCACAGCUGCUGGGCUUGGUGCUGGCCAUCCUGGGACAUGUCAUGUGGGGGCUGAAGGUGGUGGUCUUCCUGGGCUGCUUCCUGUUGAUCGUCUCAGCGGUGCCCAACCGCUCGGUGCAGGCCCUGCUGCUGCUGUGCCUGCUCACCCUGUACGCCCUGCUGGGGCGGCUGAGCAGCGCACGCCGCUCCGGGAGCCAGCUGGAGGCCAAGGUGCGCAACCUGGAGUGGCAAGUGGAGGAGCUGCGGCGCCGGCAGAGGCGGGGGUCCCCGUGGAACGUGGAGCAGGAUGAGUGAGGGGCAGGAAGUAGCCCCUCCCAGCCCUCGACAGACUCUCACCCCACAACCCGCAGCUGCCGUAACCCUCUGCACAUGAGGGGCUCCAUCCAUGGGUGCUCACAACCCUUCCCAUGGGACAGGCCCCACCCACUGCAUGCUCAUAGACCCCAACCACUUUGUGGCCCUUCUCAGGCCGCUCCCCACUGUGCUUGCUCAUAGACCCCACCUAUUUCGUGGGUCUUCUCAGGCUCCUCCCCACUGAGCAUGCUCAUAGACCUCACCCACCUCCUGGCCCUUCUCAGGCCCCUUCCUGCUGUGAGUCCUUAGGGACUCAUAGGCCCCAUCCCUAUGCACUAAUUUACAUCCCCCCAUUCCCCAGGCACUUGCAGGCUGCCCCCUCCCAGCCACCCUAGGACCCAGGGAAGCCAAAAGGGAUCUCGCCGGGGGUGAUGUGAUUUCCCCAGCCUAUCGUGGUCCCAGGAGUGACUGGGGGGGAGGGGCGAGGAUGCCUCCACUCCUGCCAUCUCCCCUGGGGCUUAAAGGGGCCACUUUGGUGUUGGUGAGUCUGGAACCAAGUGGGGUUUGAUGCUGAAUUUUUUCCCUUCCUAUUUCCCUCUUGUCCCCUUCCCAGGGCUUCUCCUCUUCACCCACUGCCUGUGCCCACUUCCCCCUCCACCUCUGCCUCCUCCUGUCCCCACCUGCUCCCCUAGUGCAACACCAGCCUUGCUAAGAGGGUUGGGUCCGAAGGGCUUGAUGUGCAGAGGUGCUGAGCUUUUGCUGCUCCCUUGGACUCUGGCUGGAGCGGAGAUGCUGGAUGGAUAAAGGGGGUUGGGAGUGGGGGCAGGGGCACCAUAUCCCAUUGCAGGAGGGGGUGAUUUCUGGUGAUCAGGGGCAGGGUUUCCCUAAGUGCCUUGAUCAAGCCAACAGUGCCUUCUUAUGCUACGAGUGGAUGGUGUGGGGGGGGGGGG